AGAGCGGACUACAGAGGUGCUGCUGCUGCUCCUGUCCGCUGUCAGCCUGCAGCCUUAUGAUCAACCCGUAAACAACAACAAAGGAAAAAACAACUACAAACAAAAGCGGCAGGUGGCGUUGUGCUGUACGGAUGAUGGCGCUCUCCUGGAGUCUUCUCCUGGUGUUCUUGUUUGCCGCGCUGACUCUGUCACGCAGCUCUGAGCCCGGAGCGCCUCACGGCAAGAGGAGACAGGCCCAGGCCUCGGCAGGCGGCAGCAACGCCCUGCAGCACCCUCUGCAGAGUCUCCAGGGCCACCGCUACAGCAGGGACCGCGGUGGGCACGGGGGCCAGGGGGCCCGCGCCGCCAAGGCCGGAGCCGGGCUGCUGUCCCACAGGCCCCUGCACCCGCUGGCCCGGCCCGAGGAUGACGGGACAGGCCUGGAGAGUUUGGGCCCGGUGAGGCUGGAGAUGGGCCCGGGCAGGGACAGGGACAGAGUCCGGAUGAGUAUGAAGAGUCCGGCGCAGACCAGGGAGAACCAGCUCCUGGGGACACGCAAAGGAAGGGGACACGGACCCGGGAAUGGACACGGACACCAUUUUGAGCACAGGAGACAAGGGAGUCGGCGUGACAAGGAGAGGCACGGGAAAGGGUUUCUUCCAGAGCCUGAGCUCAGCUCUGCAUUUAAGGACAGAGAUCUGUUCGAGGAUCCUCCCUCCUCCUCCUCCUCCUCCUCCUCCUCCUCCUCCCCCUCCUACAGCAUGACCCCGCCCAGUGACACCCCCUCCCCCAUCGGUGCCGUCUUUGGCUCCGGCUCCUCCAUGGUUACCACAGUGAUGAACGAGCAUCCCCCCACGCUGCCCCCGGCCUCCACCAAACCCCAGAGGUCUGGAAGAAAAGGACAAGGAGAAGUGAUGCCGACACUGGACAUGGCGCUCUUUGAUUGGACGGACUACGAGGACAUGAAACCUGAUGACUCCUGGCCAUCCUCCAAGAAGAAAGACAAGAGGCGGAGCAAGAACCUGAGCAGUGGAAAUAUGACCAUGGAGGCUGAUGCCAUCGAGCCGUGUGACCACCACCUGGAUUGUCUCCCAGGUUCCUGCUGUGACUUGAGACAACAUGAGUGUAAACCUCACAACAGAGGCCUCAACAACAAAUGCUACGAUGACUGCAUGUGUGAGGAAGGGUUUCGUUGUUACGCUAAAUUCCACCGGAAGCGGCGUGUGACCAGGAGGAGGGGGCGCUGCGUGGUGCCAGAGUCAGUCAGCAGUGACCAGGGAGGCUUCAUCACGAUCUGAGGAGGAGGAGGAGGAGGAGGAGGAGGAGGAGGAGGAAGAAUGUCCCCAUGACCGCUCUGACAGACAUCACAUGACGGCGCUAACAUGCCGCUAAGUGCUGAAAGGUGGCGGCUUGCUGGUUUUUCCAUUCGAUCCCACAAUGUAAACGUCUAAAUGUCGACAUCUGGUCAGUUUAUCCAGCAAAUCUCCAUCUUUAAGCACUUUUUUUAUUCAGUUAAAGCCCACACAUUGGUUUUUAAUUCAGUUUUAUACACUCCAGAAGCACAUGUACAUGUUUAAAGAGGACAACCUUUUUUAUUUCUUCAAAAUUGGUAUAAAAGAUUCACUUGGUGGGUAAAACUUGUAAACAUUUCAUUCUUUCUGUGUUAAUAUUCACCCCGGUUACAGUGGCUGUUGGUUUGGUUUCAAUUUUGAGCAAAAGAAGAUUUUAUAAGUUCAAGAAAGUAAUUUUUUUAAUUGUCUCUCUCAGUUUUUCCUGCAGCUGAUUGUCUCUGUUCUGCUGAUCUGAGUAAAAAAAAAUGUUUACAAAUCUUUUUUAGUGUUGCAUUACUGUGCUCGGGGCCCAAACGGGUGACUUUUACUUGUUCAGGAUCGUUUGAGUUGAGUAAAGUAAGCUGUCACUCACAGAAAUUAUGCAAAAAAUGACUUUGAAACAGUCUGUUGGAGAUCUCUGCUACGU